AUGCCUCGCCUGCAGUUGCCCAAGGAAGGCUGCCAAUCGCCGGACGAGCUGCCGACGAAUCGUUGCAGCGGCGGUCUGCCGUCGACGCAGCGGCUGGUGCGUCGCGUCCUGCGUCACGAGUUUCGCCAUAUGGAGAAGGUGCUCGACGGCCUCGGCACCCCCGGCAACAAGAUUCGCGUCGAGGAGACGGCCGGCAAUCUCAGCUGCAUGGAAUUGCUGGUCUACGAGGGCGAGCUGGGCCCGGAUCGUGAUCUGGUGCUCGGCCCCGCCAAGGCGUCCGCCUACUCGCCCACCACGCGGUGCACCCUCAACUCUAGGAUGUCGCUGAUGUCGGCCACGCAGAAGAUGUCGCUGGCGGAGGAGACGAACAACAACACCAACAUGGACAGCAGCAGCAGCAGCACCGCGUCGACCACGAGCAGCAACAACACCACCAACAACAGCAACAACAAGCCCAAGUCGAAGCGCGCCACUGCGAAAAGCCCGAAAAACCCGAAGACGAACAAGAAAGCGGCGGCCCCCGUCGACGUCGAGGCGACGCAAGAAGAUGGCGGCACCGAGGAGAAGGAGAAGGAAAAGGAGAAGAGCCUGAAGUCGGAGACGUCGAUCCCGGUGGUGCCCGACGACCCGGAGAAGGAGUACGUGCCCCCGUUGCCCCCCGUCGAGACGAUCCCCCAGAAGCCGCCCGGCUCGUCGCACGAGGUCCGCCAUUCGAUCGAGCGGAAGAAGCACAAGCGCGGCGUGCGGGUGAACAUUGACGUGAGCCGCCGUUGGUUCGCCAACCCCGACGACAAGGCGUUCAAGGGACUCCACAUGGUCAUCGACUGCCCCAAUUAUGAGCCGACGCGCAUCCAGGUGAACGGCGUGUGGAAGAAGGUGGUCGACGAG